AUGUAUGGUAGAAUUCAUCAAGAUACUAUAGAGGAAAUGAGAAUUAUAAAUGAUAACCCUGAUAGUGUACCUUCUGAUUGGAAUUGGGUUAGCAAACAUAAUUUUAGAGCAAAUUUUAUCAUCACUGGUGGUAAAUCUUAUCAAGAAGACCUAUGGUCACAAUUUCAAUUAAUUAGUAAACAACAAAAUUAUACAACCCAAUCAUUGUCAUCGUCGUCGUCGUCGUCGUUGGUUGGGUAUUGA